AUGAGCGACGAUCCGAUUAUAUUAUCAUUUAAAGAUGCAUCUUUAUAUAAAUCAGAUUUAUCUAUUCUAAAAAAUAGAUAUCAAUGGUUAAAUGAUGCCAUUAUCUCUUUUUAUUUUGAAUAUCUAUCAGAUACAUUGUUAAAAGAUUAUUUAGAAAAGAUAACAUUGAUGAGUGCUUCUACAGUGUUUAUGUUAAACUAUGUAAAUGGUGAUGAUGUUGCAGAGUUGAAUUCAAUGAUAGGUGCAUUAGAUCUACCUUCAAAAGAGAUUAUUUUCAUACCAAUUAAUAAUAAUGAAGAUCCAGAUCAAAUUGCUGGUGGUUCUCAUUGGUCAUUACUUGUAUAUGAAAAAGUAAAUCAAUCAUUUUAUUAUUAUGAUUCGAUAAGUGGUGAUUCAAACUAUGCUUAUGGUUGUGUUAUUGCUAGAAAGCUGUAUAAACUACUCACUGGUCAACAAUAUACAUCAUCAAAGAUAUCAAAGAGAAAUACACCACAACAGAGAAAUGGUUUCGAUUGUGGAAUGUAUCUAUUAUCAAUCACAGAGAAUCUAUCACAACAAUUAAUUGAAAACUACAAACAAAACAAUCAACAACCUUUGAAAAUAACAUCAGAUAUUGAAUCAUCAAUGUAUAAAACGAUAACACCAGAUUAUAUUAGUAUAAAACGUAAUCAAAUCUAUGAAAUCGUUGAAAAAUUAAUAAAUAAAUAA